GGCCGGAUGGAGUCAUUUCCCGGGAACGAGCGAAGCCCUUUCCCUCUCUUUCUCCAUACGAAAACCCUAAGCCUUAAACGUUCUCUGUGGCGAGAAAGGGGGAGAGAAUGUUCUUCUUGAACGUUCUGGAGCACACCCUCCAGCUUCCUCCAGAUCGGCAUGGCCGUCCCCUAGACCAGACCCUCAUGGAGGAGCUUGAGAAGCUUUUCGUUGACAAGGUUAUUAAAGAUUUGGGGCUCUGUGUUUCGAUUUAUGGCCUUAAAUCGAUAGAUGGUGGCUUCAUCUUACCUGGAGAAGGAGCUUCAACGUAUACGGUUGUGCUUGGGGUGGUCAUGUUUCGGCCUUUUGUGGGAGAAGUUAUCGUUGGCAAGAUAAAGAGUUCUGAUAGUACGGGUUUAUGUUUGUCUCUAGGAUUUUUUGAAGAUAUACAUGUACCAAAUGAUGCUCUUCCACAGCCAUCUAAAUUGAAUGAUGAUGGCUUGUGGGUUUGGGCUUUGGAAGUUGAUGGUGAGACAGUAGAUCUGGUACUGCAACCAGGUGAAGAGGUACGUUUUCGUGUUACUGGUGUGAAAUAUCCUCCCAUCCCAAUUGAGCAGGAAAAAGAUGCAAAACCAUUUUCUCCUAUGCUGAUCAGUGCAAGCAUUGCGGAAUCUGGAUUUGGUCCGUUGUCCUGGUGGUAGGAUGGAGUCCAAUCAAGGCUUGAGGAGUGAAUGCUCUUUAUGUCAAUUGAACUACCUCAGCAGAUUUGAAGGACGAACGCAGAUCAUGGACAUGCUAAUGUAAUUGUUCCUAGUUUGUGGAAGCCAGAUAUAAAUUAUAUGUUCGAUCGGGCGACGUUCUUCAACACUCCUGCUUUGUAAUUGAAGAUUUUCGGGAAGAUGUAGAAAGAAUGACGAACUGCCAGCGUGAAGGUUGGAACAAUCCAGGGAUGAGAAAUCGAUCUCCCGUAGGUGGUGGGAUUUUUUUUGUUUUUGUUUCGUGGACGGACAUUGGAUUCAUGCUCCUAAAGGUGGUGGUUCUUACAUAUUUAAUAUCUUUCUUGUAAAGGUUUAGCAGAAUAUAUUUCAAAGAUGUUACCAGGCAAAAUCCACACUUCUACCUGUGGAAAAAAUUAAAAGAAUCUCCUUGGACUUGGUUGGAUUUGCAAGUGGAAUUAGGUCUGGUUUGAGGGUUUA